AUGGCAGUAAAGAAAAGAAAGUUUUCAGAAGACUACGUUAAAUUUGGAUCUACAUUUAUUGAAAAAGACGGAAUGCAAUUGCCUCAGUGUGUGAUAUGCCUAAAAGUUUUAAACCAACAAUAUCCAACUAUGAUAACGAAGUCAAAAGAGUUCUUUUCUUUCAAAUUAGAAACACUAAAACGCAUAAGAUUGGAUCAAGGAACAAUUAAAAAUCAAAGACUGGACAAAGACGUUAAAACGGAUAUAGCAGCUCAUUUGAAAGCGUUAAAACACGAAUUUCAACGAUAUUAUAGCGACAUUGAUUCAGAAUCACCAAUGCGGCAUAUGACUAGAAAUCCAUUUGUGGUCGAUGUCUUACAAUUACCAGAAGAUAUUCAGGAAGAAUUUCUAGAAAUGAAGGCUGAUUCUACCAUGAAAGAUGACUUCCACCUCUUGACAUUGGAGAAGUUUUGA